CAGUACAAGCAUCGAUGUGAUCAAGGGUGGUGUGGAGACAACGUUUUCUUUACAUUAGGUUAAUUUAUGGGACAUUAUCGAAGCCUGUUUAACGAAAAUCGCUCAAAUGGCCACAACAGGGGUGGUGAUCUUCAUUUGCGUUUGUACCGCUGUACUGAGUGCGCAGUUAAGGAAAUAUCUGGGCGCUGAUAAUACUGCCAAUGGGGUUUCGAGCAUAAACGGUAAAGAAGAGAUAUUUUACUCGGAGCGGCUCAAUAAGCUUGAGGAGUCUAAGGAAUACAAUCAGCAGCUUAAAUAUAAUGCAAAGCCUCCUAAUGUGGUGCUCUUCCUCGUUGAUGACUUAGGGUAUGGAGACCUUAGUUCUUUCGGUCAUCCAACCUCGCGGUCCCCUGCCAUCGACCGUCUGGCAGCUCAAAGUAAAGUCUUCACACAAUUUUACGUCACCAGCCCCGUAUGUAGCCCAUCCAGAGCUUCCCUCCUGACGGGGCGGUACCAGGUGCGCUCCGGCAUCUACCCUGGCGUGCUAGAGCCCGACAACCCAUUGGCACACAACACAACGAUCGUGGAACAGCCCACGCCAUUGUCUUCUCUCGCCAGCAAACUUUUAGCCCGAGCCACGCAGUUUCUGGAAGUCAGCGCAUUGGAACACGCUCCAUUCUUCCUCUACAUGCCCUUCAUGCACGUUCACACUCCCCAUUUUUCGUCUGCGGAAUUCGUUGGAAAAUCCGCGCGAGGAACUUUCGGCGACGCUCUCCUGGAGCUCGACCACUCCAUCGACACCAUCCUGCAGACACUCGACGCGCUCGACCUCGCCGACAACACCGUCGUGUGGUUCCUCUCUGACAAUGGGCCAGAUUUAAUGCAUCGUCAACAAGGCGGCUGCGCAGGGGCGCUGCGGUGCGGCAAGGGCACGUCGUGGGAGGGCGGCGUGAGGGUUCCCGCCUUCGUCAGGUGGCCGGGGCACAUCGUUCCUGGCCGCACUGACGAGUUGCUGAGCUCGCUAGAAGUUCUGCCGACCAUCGCUGCGCUCACCGGCGCUGACACCAGCGGCCUCAAGCUCGACGGCUUCGACGCCUCAGAUUUCCUGCUCGACAAAAUUUCUAAGUCGCCUCGGGAAUAUUUCGCGGUGUACCCCAAGGAUCCCAGCCCUGAAACUGGGCCGUACGCCGUUGUUUACCAGCGCCUGAAGGCUCAUUUCUUCACUGCUGGGAAUGGACUCUCGGACGAUCAGAACUACGACGAGAUGUGCACAUCACGACAUCCUCUCACGGAGCACAACCCGCCUCUUCUCUACGACUUGUCUGUUGAUCCUGGCGAGCGCUGGAACAUCGCCAACGAUACCAGCCAACGAUCUUCACUAAUGAAGUUGACUGCGUGGCGCACUCAGCACAUGGCUGACAUGACUUGGAUGACUUCAGCCACGCAGGACCACGAAGAACGAUCUCAACCCUGCUGCACCGACCGCCGCUGCAAUCCAUUCCCCUCAUGUUGUGACUGCCCAGACAAAUAGAAAUGAUCAAUUGACCACCACAUUUCUCGUCGUAGUGAUGAUCUGAUUAGUAAAGGCAAGUGAAGAAACUAGACGUUCAUGUGAAACGUGGGACCUAACUGGCUUGUGGACAAUCUAUUUAAGUUAUUGAAGGCUCAGCUUAUGAUAAAUUAUGUUUUAAAAUUGAAAGAGGAACACAAUGUAUCCGAAUGGUCUAGUGCGCAAAACGAGCACUUCAGGCAUAGUGUCUUUUUGCCAUAAAUGCUUUUUCAUGUCAGUGUACAGGGGUAUCUUGGAAGUAGAAGUUAAUACUUUCCAGAUCCGUCGACUAUUGAAACAGACGGGCUUCUGAAUCAAUUUUUAGCACAACAAACAGUAUCCUAUUCUGAAUUUUAGGUCCUGCUCCAUGGGACCAGCUACUAGUGCAUGAGCGAAAAUGAGCGACGAUCUCUGUUUAUGAAAGCCGUUUUUAUUGUGCUCAUUUUCGACUGAUUGUCGCGAUUUAUUCUAAGGUAUGUUUCUAUUUUCCUGUUGGUAGAGUUUUAAGACGGUUGAUUAAAGGAUUUCAGUGCACAGUUCUACUGGACCUAUGGUCUUGGAAGUUCACAUAAACCGUACGUGUUGCUGUUCCCUCUACUGCCAAUUAAGGCUGGGAAACUUAUUAAAAAAAAAGAUUCAUGAAUAGUUUGUAGUCUUUACUCUUCAGCAUCAAUGCCGCGUCAUUUUUAACGUGUUUUAAAUUAUCAUCUAAUUCCGAUAAUAAUUCACCACCAUCAAUAUAACGUCUGAUUUGAGUUCUCUCCCGUUUUAUCGUGCGAUUGAGAUUGAUUAUCCACAGGCCACGCAUUUACGGAGCGUUGAAGUUCUGUUUUGCGACUAACACAGAAGAAAAUAAUAAUUCACAUCAACACCAUGCACAGGCAAGCUCUAUAUACAGCAUUGCGGAUGUUGCUGUUCUGCUUAAGAGAACAUUAUCUACGGUUGAACUAGUAGUAGUAUAGAGUUCAACCAUGACGUUAUCAAUUCCUGACUUAUAAGACCAAUACUAAGUGAGAAUAUUUGUCUCAGGGUUCACGAGUAAACACAAUGGUCUUAUUUGCAUCAGGAGGUAUAAAUAUUCAUCUUCUUUGCUCGUCAUGUUUCACGAGUUUAUUUAUUUUUUUUUUCUUUCCGAAAUAAAAUAACUUAUUUAGGCCCCACGACCAGACUAUCUCGUAGCUUAUUGUGCUAAUAUAUUGGGGGAGUGACGUCUUGGGUGAAGACCAGCAGCCUCCAUUGUGUCUUGGAGCAGCGUCGAUGUAUGGUGAUUGACGAAAAUUUGGUGUAUCGAUAAAUAAGAAUAUUCAUGUAGAAAAACUCAACCAGUAUGUCGACCACUGUAAUGUUAAACUCGACCAAAGUAACAUUAAACUAAAUAAACUCGUCAACUGUAAAAGCAUCUCCCAUUCAUAAUUUUGGACUUUAGUACUGGCUGGUCAUGUGUGUGCGCCCGUUCAUAAACGUGUAGUUUAUUUUGACCAUUUGUUGUUAUAAGUUAGGGCAGCAGUCGGCAACAUGGGCAACAUCACCGCCGUUGGGGCAGAGGACGAUAUUCAAGGGGCAGAUAAAUUUACAAGGGACCGGUCUUGGAGAAGAUAAAAAUUCGAUACAAUUUUUCAAGUCCCUCAAUACAAACAUUUUUUUGUG